GUGAAUAACAAGAACAAACAAUAGAGAGAGAGAUUGAGAUUUUGUAACUUUUUCAGUUUCCAUAGAAUUUGAAAAGUUUCAUUCGAAUCCUAAUGUAAUCAAAUUCCUUUCUGCAACUUAACUUAUUUCUUCUGUCGAAUUCCUCUGCUGCUCCGAAUUGGGAAUAUUUUUGUGUUUUUUCUUGAAAUUCCCUCACUCGAAUGAUUUUACGAGGAAGAAAAGAAUCGUAAAGUGUGUAGGGUUAGAGGAGAUGAUGCAAGAAGAAGAAGCUAUCGGCUGUUGCGAUUGUGUUGGUGGUUGCCAAGGCCUCCAUUGAAUAAAUGUCGAAUCUUUCCCAACCUCCCAUUCCCCCAAAAUGCUCAUCUACAUCAAUCGCAAGGUUCUCAAGCUAUGGAGGAAAUUAUCCGCGGAAAUGUCGAUAGAAUUAUUUCUCGUUGCCGAAAACUGGAAGCAUCUUCUUGCCGGAAUAUUUUUCCAGUAUAUACAUGGAUUAGCUGCUCAUGGGAUCCAUUACAUGCACCGGCCAGGGCCAACACUUCAAGAUACUGGUUUUUUCUUUCUUCCGGAACUUGGUCAAGAGAGAUCGUACAUUAGCGAGAUGUUAUUUACAUUCAUAUUUAUGUCUUUCGUGUUGUGGACAUUUCACCCUUUCGUUCUACAAAGCAAAAGAAUUUAUACAGUUCUAAUAUGGUGCAGGGUUCUUACUUAUCUAGGGGUUUGUCAGAUUCUUCGUAUAGUAACGUUCUACUCAACUCAGCUUCCUGGUCCAAAUUAUCAUUGUCGUGAGGGAUCUAAACUUGCCAAGCUUCCUCCUCCAGAGAGUGCUGUGGAAUUGCUCGUGAUCAACUUUUCUCGAGGAGUGAACUAUGGUUGUGGUGAUUUGAUUUUUUCAUCACACAUGAUUUUUACUAUCGUGUUUGUGAAGACAUAUUGUCGGUAUGGCACGAAAAGGUGCAUAAAAUACUUUGCUUGGUUGCUUGCUGUGUUUCAAAGCCUUCUUAUUCUAGCAUCCCGAAAACAUUACACCGUCGAUGUUGUUGUUGCAUGGUAUACAGUAAACUUGGUAAUAUUCUUUCUUGACAGGAAAUUACUAGAAUUACCUGAUCGGCCAGGCUUGACAUCUCUCCCUCUGCUGCCACAGACCAAUAAGGAUAGCAGGAACAAAGACGAGCAUCAGAAUCUACUAGGCGUGUUUUCUGUCGAGUUUGCAGAUUGAGUGUGUCAGUCGAUCGAGGUCCUUAGCUAGCAUACAUUUUUUCUCUUCUAUUUGUUUGAAUUCUCAGGCUCUUGCAAAUUGCGAAGAUUCCAAAUCACAGGCUAAGAAAGUAAAGAUUAGAUAGACUGCAUAAAAUCAGAGUUUUGUAAGCAAUCUCAGCAGUGAAUUGUACAUAUAGACAUUAGCACAAGCUGAUGAUGGCUCUGCGUGGUUGAUGUUGGAACAUGUUCUCGUGAGCCUAUUGUUCAUCUGGGCAAACACAUGCCUAAUUGGCAACUGGCAAGUAUCAUGUUUUGGAUUCUUCCCUGUUAAACCUUUCUAGCACCUUGAGUAUAUUGAUAUUGUGACUUAAACCAAUCAGCUACACAAUCUCUCUCUAAAGAUAUCUUAUCAAAGAUGCAUGUAAAUGCACUAUGAAACCAAUCAGCUACACAAUCUAUCCCAAAGCUCAUUUUUAUUUUAUUAAUGAAACCAAACUAUUUUG